AUGGACUGGAAGAGAGCUGAAAGAAACCUGAAAUUACUAUCAGAAUUGCAGGAUAAAGAUGCCUUGAAUUCACCCGAUAUGAUGGCGCCAGCCUUGGUUGGUACGCAAGUCCCCGACAUGAAUAUGUCUUCAUCAUCGGACGAAUCAAGUGAUGAGAAACCCACUCUCCCCAAAGAAACUGGAACCACAGAGAACAGCACUACAAACUCCAUUUUACCUGGUCCAGAAUUGACACCUCAGAUACCGAACAACCAACUCGGCGAUAACUCAUUAAUACGGCAUAAUCAUACAGAACUUACUGAAUCUAUACCGAACAGUCAAGAAAUAGCAGAAGAUGUCGAAAAUCGUCACAUCAUAACGAAGGUAACUGAAUUACCUAGUGAUCAGAUCUUCUUAAACACUCAACUUCAAAGUCGAUUAGAUGAAGCAGAGGAAGAAUCUCUCUUAAAAUCAAAAUUAAUUCAUUUCAAAUAUUCUGAUCAUGUGGAAAAGACAAAAGUGUCACCUCAGAAAGUAACUAAACGUCCCAGUAAGAGGAAAUCAAAAACCAAAAAUAUUACACAACAUAGUAUUGAACAAUUUGAGAAAACGAGGGCCCAAAAUUUACUAAAGCAACUAUCAGGUAAGCAUAAGAAAGUUAGAGAUAUAAUUCGUGUACAGGCGAACACAGAUAAAACCACUUCACAAAAACGAGCCACCACAAUAAGUUCAUUAGAAUUUGACACCUAUAAUGAAUGUGAAUGGAAAUACAUCUUGGGUAUUGUAUUGCAAAAAUUUCCUGAUGCGAAAAAGCAUGAAAUGUUAGACGUUUUCAAUUACUUGUAUGGCGAUGCUAUUGAGGUACCAUCAUCAGAAAGUCUUUGGGCGAGUUCGCAAUUACCACCACACAUGAAAAGUGUCGAUCGUCAUGAAUCCAAGUUGUCCGCAACAAGUGUAAACUGUUUGCUAGCUGACGCUGGAAAUGAAAACAGAAGCCAAAUGGUAAAUGUACUAUCCCUAUCACAAGUAAUGGAUGAUAAAUCUGAAACUUCAUUUCAUAAAUAUGUAUGCCUAUCUCAAGAUGCAAAUGUCAUUGAUCCCAUAAUGAGUUCAGAUGGAGAUGAACACCCUAUUAAGGAAAAUAUAAUAGCCAUUAAUGAUGACCCAGUCAUAUCUUCCAGUGAAGCAAAUGAAAACUCAGAUAAUGAAUUAAACAUUCAUGUGCAUGAACCUAUGAAGGACGUUGAAAAAGACGAUGUUCUGAUUGUUUCUGAUAGCUGCGAUGAUGUAGAUGUGAACGACCUUAUUCAUUUAGACUAUGAUCCUGAUUUCUUAAAACCCUGUCGAGACCCACCUCACACUAUAUUAUUUGACUCUAUAUCAGUGGUAUCUGACAGCGCUGAUGAGAUAUCAGGACCAAUAAUACCGAUUGAUAUACCUGCGUCUUCAUCCUCUGACUCUGACAUGAAUGAUGAUAAUAAGAUGACGAUCAACUUUCCUUCGCAGUCUCCUACACCGGGGACCUCACCACAACAAGAUGAAAUCAUUGAUUUAACACAGGAAUCUUUCAAGGCAGUGGGACGUCUUAUUUCACCAGUAAGGCCACCAACCUUGCCCCCAACGGAACAGACUAUUCAAGUCCCAGCAACGAGAACGUCAACAAUCCUUGGUACUACUAAUUUGGAAAACCCAUCUACAAUUAUAGCGAAUUGCGGACAAACCUCAGGAGCUGAUCAGAUACGAUUUAUAAUAUCGAAAAAUGAAUUGAAACAGUAUGAAGAAAAUUGUCUGGAGAAACAAUUUCAAUACAAUAGGGACAAUAUAAUAGUAUCAGAUUCAGAAGAUGAACCUUUAAGUGGUACAGAGAAUAUUUUAUUAAAGGUACAUGCUAAUAAUAACAACGGCACGAUCUCACCUAUGAAGAGUCCCAUGAGGAAAAUUCAACAGUCGGAUAUAAUUGAAUCUCAAAGUGCACAAAAAUUAAGAGAAAGUAUGAAAGAAAUUGGGUUAAAACCAGUACGGUCCAAGACAGAAAUGAUCGAAUCUUUGAAAGCUGCCUCUCGAAUGACAGAUAAUGAAGAAUUUGAAAAGAUAAAUAAAGCUUCCAUUUUUGCACAUUUAACUGAAUUGAUAGAAACGGAUGCAACUCUGCUGGAAAGAAUUUACUGUUUUGAAGCAAUCCCCGUUGAUCAUCUCCUCAAAAGAUUGACUGAGUUGGAUCCCUUUAUUGAUCAUCUGGAUAAGAUGACCAUCAAGGAAUGGGCAGACUCGCAAGGUAUUUGUCUGAGGAAUGGAUAG